AUGAAACGACUACUUUGUGAUCUGACUUUAAUCCUACUAAUCUCUACUACCAAUGCCAUUGUUGAUAACAGAAAAACAGUUGAUGAUGGCAAAACUACAGUACUACCAGUGACUGAUGAGCACAUGGUGCAGAUGUAUCAGAAGUGGGUGGAUUCUGCAUUCAGCUCCUUCUUCUCGGCCGUGGCGCACAAAAAGUAAUAUUUUUGAAUUUAUAAUUCAUCUUUAUUUAUAGUGUAAAGCACGGCACUACUUUAAAGCAUUGUAAAUUUAAAGUUUUUACUACUACAAUAUACUUAUGAAGCCAUAUACGUUAUUUUAAAAAGAACACUCAAAAAAUAACCUUUGUUGUAUAUGUAUAACGAGCCUCUACUGUAUCUUUAAACUUUCCAGAUUAAAAAAGAAACGCCGUUCCACGCUGGAACGGUUUGCCGAAUGUAAUGUAAAAGCCAAGGAUGUGAUAUAUCAAGCAAAGUGUGUUACUCGACUGCUGCGGAACGGGUUUGACAAAACGAAACAUAGAGUAAGUUACUUUCACAUGAAAUCCAUCAUCUUCCACGCACUUUUACCAUUUAUAAGCUUUAGCAUAUAAUUAUUAUUAAGUUGUUCAACUAAUUCUGUGCCUCCUUUAAAAGCAAAUUUUGGGAUUAAAGGCACAUAAUUAUUUUAACAAUCUUAUAUUCGGUAAAAAAAAGUGUGUAGCAUCCUCAAUAUGAUUGUUUAAAGCCCUAUAGCGUUACCUCUACACACUUUUUGACCAGAAUAACAAUAACCAAGUUAAUCUUCAUCUACCAAAUUUAAAAUUAUCCAAAAACUCCGUUUUGAUACAAAAAAGGGUUACAGAUAAAAUUAAAGUAAUCGGUAAUCUAACUGUUUCAAUUUUAAUUUGACCAUCUAUCCCGGUAUCGGUACAAAGCCGAAGAUCACACGAAUUACCGUAGUAAACGAGCGAUUGGGCCACGCCGAGUCAGUGGAUAUCGAAUAAAAGACACCAAAGAACAAGUGACACCAUUAGGAAGUGUGGCCAAGAUGUUGAUGGAUGCCGUACUCAAGUCAAAGAACAAAACCAAUUCUGAAAGGUAAUGUCAAAGUAAUCAGGAUGUUUUACAUAGUUAAAACCUCUAAAAUUUUAAAUUUAAAAAAUAUUUAAAUAAUAUAAUAUUUAUAAGCUUUGGCCCGAAAAAAUUCAAUAAAGGUAUUUUACCAUAUUUGUUGUCUUUUAAAUGUUCUUUCCAGGGCCGGGCGGGGACUUUUGGUCUGGGGGCAGGGGUCCAAAAAAUCGGCACAGUGCAAAAUUUUUUUUUGAAAAUCCACAGGAGGGACCACGUUCAACUUUUUUCAAAAUUUUUUUUCUGGGGGAGGGGGGGUACCCCCCCCCCUCGCGCCCGGCCCUGGUUCUUUCGCUAAAUUUUUAUAAAACUUAGGUUCAAAACAAUUAUAUUAACCACGUUUUAGCUGGCAGUACACAGUAUCCAAGUUAAAACGAAUAGCCAAGAGGAAAGAAGAGGAAGAAGAAAAGAAUGACCGAGAAGACAGUGAGGAGAAACUGUAUCAAAUGAGUUCGUAUGGCUUCAAGCAGAACGAUCAACGGAAAAGCGAACGUUCUGAGGUAAGUCAAGGAGGUAUGGACCUGUAAACGAAAUAAAGACCUUGUUUUGGGCUCACAUGUGCCGGCCCGGUCCCUUUAAAAUUUGUUUCGGGCGGUUAGCCCAAAGCCCGACCUAGUGGGCCCCUUUCUUGGCCUAGGAAAACGACAAAAUGAAAAUUUAAUUUUUAAAAAUAACUACUUAGAAUCUUAAUUUAAUGUCAUUUCCAGCUGAACAGAGCGUUCAAAGAUCCACAAGCGAUGGAUAAGUUAAUUGAAAAGAAAUUGAAGAAUUCGAAUAAGAAGCCCGAAGGCAGAAUAAUGCAGUUCGUCAAAGAUGCAGUCAAACUUGCCUAUACCAUCUCUGGCAAAAAUACUACCAAUUUUGACAAACGAAACAUGAAGCUAGUAUCACCACGGUUUUUGGGCGUGGUAAAGGAGAAAAAGACAGAUGACGAGGUAAGGCAAAUUUACAUAUUAGUUCGUCUCACAUUGUAAAAAUUGAUGAAUUUCAAAAAUUAAUAUAAAAUGUUUUUAAAGUUAAUUUAAAAUCAAUAAAAAAAUUUCUAUUUUUAAAAACUUUUUUUUAAAAAAGUUCUUACCAUUUCCAAUUCUUCAAACAUUCAGAUCGACCUUCUGAGUCCGUCUUUGUUCUCUUUACAUGAUGAAGGUGAAGGUAUCGAGAACUUGACCAGUUUGCCACAGUUAAUGAAAGGUUUUGCUAUGAAGGAUCAACAAAUGUGGCUCGACCUGAUAUUGGAAGCGGCUGGUGUUACGGAUCAGGCCAAGAGUCUGGAAAGGGUAAAAUUAAAAUCUUAUUUUCAAUUCUUCAAAAUAUUAAAAUACCUAAACAAUUUCAAUCUUACAUAUGUUACUAUAAAGUAAAAUACGGUACCCCUUCCCCAGUAGUUAUUUUUAAACCACCCCCCCCACCUUUCAAAACCUCGCGUCCUACUAAUCACCUUAAUAUUAAGUUUUUCACAUAAUUCUGCGUCCCGUCUUAAAGAAAAUUUUCGGAGUUUGGGGCACAGAAUUAUUUAGACAACCCAAAAAACAGCGAAUUCACUUUUAACAGUAUUGGUUCAGAAAAUAGACGAAGAAGAUAAAACGAUAUUUGGAAUACCUAUUAACGAAACAGAUCCAGCUAAAUUCGUACGAGAUGACGGACAUCCACUGUACUUUAGCAAGGAUAACAUCACAGACGUUGAGAAGGCAAAAGUCGACUAUUUCCAGAAAGUCUUGAAGACCAUGAGUAAAGAACAGGUAAGUAAAUUACAUUUUUUAACAUCGUAAAAUACGAAUUCAAAAAAUUCUCGUUAAUGUUUUCAAAUUUGCAUAAAUUUUAAAAAAUUAAAAAAUCUUUAACAAUCGUAAAACAAACUUCUAGAUAAAAGAAAUGAACACGACUGGCUAUGCCAUUAUGAACAAGACCCAGAUCAACAUGUUGUACGGCAAACAUUCCCCUUACGGUCAUGCAGAUACACAUAGACGGCUAGCCAAUCUGACCGAACGACAAAUACAUCGUCGUAUCACCAAUGACAUAGCCACGAUGUCAGAGUUGGAAAAGUUCAAAGUCCGUCAGAAAGACAUCACCCUCGCUCCCAUCGUACUAACACCAGUUGUCGAGGCUCCGCUUGUAGCUUCACAGCCGAUCGUGCUGUCACCUCUACUGUUAAGUCCUAUCAUCCUGUCCCCAGCUGUGUUAGGUCCUGUCAUCGUAUCCCCAUGGUUGUUCGUGCCUGUCAUCGUAUCUCCUCGUGUCUUGUCACCUCUUGUCUUAUCACCCUUCGUACUCUCGCCAGUAGCCUUGUCUCCUUUGGUACUUCAUCCACUCAUUCUGUCACCUGGAGUUUUGGAUGUUGGAGUACUCACUCCCUUCGUACUGUCGCCCAUCAUCUUGUCACCGUUGGUGUUUGUGCCCCUUAUUCUGUCACCUUUAGUGUUAUCACCGCUGAUUCUGUCUCCUGGCUUCGGUUCUCCGCUGAUCCUGAGUCCGUUCGUACUGUCUCCAAUCAUAUUAAGUCCUCAGGCAGUGUCAGCCUUGUUCUUGAGUCCGUACGCGUUGUCGCCCGUAAUUGGUAGUGAAUUGAUCUUGUUCGCUGCUGUUUUAUCACCAAGUUGGUUGAGUUGA